CUGGAUAAGGUCCAUACAGCGGACGGUUAUAACAAGACAAUUAUUACCAUCAAUGACCAGUUUCCUGGACCAACCAUAGAAGUCUUAGAAGGAGCUGAGGUGGUUGUCACGGUCAUUAACAACUUGCUCAAAGAAGACACGUCUAUUCACUGGCAUGGCGUCCAUAUGAGACAACACCCAUGGAUGGAUGGCGUUCCCUUUGUCACGCAAUGCCCCAUACCUACAAAGCAAUCAUUCCAGUACAGGUUUAUAGCAGACCCCCCCGGAACGCACUGGUAUCACUCACAUCUUAGGAUGCAGAGAGCCGACGGACUGUUUGGUGCUCUGAUAAUUCAUCGGUCUCUUCCUUCCGCUCCAUAUUACGUAAUGACAUUUAACGACUGGUUUCGACACCAUUCGACAGACAUCGAGUUGUCGAAUCCGUUCAAUAUUGUUCGCAAGGGAUAUGGAGAUACGUUCUACUCGUACUCGACGCGAAGUAAGUAA